ACUCAAAAAAUAUGGAAUCCCAUAGUGUGGAGAAAAUUGAGACUCAAAAUCAGAUUCCACAAAUUAUGGAGCCUAGUAAAGGAACCUCUUUCUUUAGAACAUGUUUCAAUGGUAUUAAUGCAUUAUCAGGUAUUGGAAUAAUAUCAGUACCCUAUGCACUUUCACAAGGAGGAUUGUUAUGUUUGAUGCUACUUUUUUUGGUAGCAAUUAUAUGUUGUUACACAGGAUUACUUUUGCAAAAAUGCAUGAGUGUUUCACCAUCAAUUAAGACAUAUCCUGAUAUUGGUGAAUUUACUUUUGAUAACAAAGGAAGAAUCUUGAUAUCAGUUUUCUUAUAUCUUGAACUAUACUUUGUUGCAAUUGAAUUCCUCAUAUUAGAAGGUGACAAUUUGCAAAAAUUAUUCCCAAAUGCAAAAAUUCAUGUUGGUUGUGUUAAAAUUGUUGGAACGGAAGUUUUGGUUUUAUUAGUUGCUAUUAUAAUAUUGCCAACAACAUGGUUAAAAAGUUUAGGUUUAUUGGCUUAUGUUUCUAUUGGUGGAGUUUUGGCUUCAAUUGUUUUGGUUUUUUCAAUAUUUUGGGUUGGUGCAAUUGAUGGUAUUGAAUUUGAAGAAAAAGGUGUGAUUUGGAGAUGGGAUGGAUCGAUAAGUGCUAUAAGUAUGUAUACAUUUUGUUAUUGUGGUCAUGCUAUUUUCCCAACAAUAUGCAAUUCCAUGAAGGAUAGGAGCCAAUUUCCCAAGGUUUUAUUUGUGUGCUUUAUAUUAAGCACCAUAACCUAUGGAUCAAUGGCAACUAUGGGGUACUUAAUGUAUGGACAAAAUUUAAUGUCACAAAUAACAUUAAAUCUCCCUACUGGGAAAAUUAGUUCAAAAAUUGCAAUAUAUACGACACUUGUUAAUUCAAUAACAAAGUAUGCUCUUGUCAUCUCUCCAAUUGCAACGGCUAUUGAAGAUGAAUUACCUUUACGAAAGAGUAAAUUUAUCGUGAGCUACUUCAUCAGAACAUUUUUGGUCAUCAGCACGGUCAUUGUGGCGUUAACCGUUCCAUUUUUUGGAUAUGUCAUGACAUUUACGGGCGCACUUUUGGGCGUUACCGUGUCGAUAUUGUUACCAUGCCUAUGCUACCUCAAAAUCAAGAAGCCUUCAUAUUUGGAAGUUAUGUUUAUUGGUAUGAUUUUGGUUUUUGGUUCUUCAGUUGCCAUAUUUGGAACUGACACUUCUUUGAAAAGCAUUAUUAGUCAUGUGUAG